ACGCAGCAGCGCCGGCCGCUUCUGGCGCGCGUUAAUUUGAAUACAGGAGCGUCGGCUGGGCUGAGGAGCGGUCCUGGGCGCUGAGGCGCAGCUUUCCCCUCCGAGUGACGAGCUGCGUGUGGAAGGCCGAAGAGACGUGGAGCUCAGUGGAGCGCGGGUCGCGCGUGACGUGGACGGGGUGCGGAGCGGAUCCCGGUGCAGAUGAGGGAAGGGAGCGGACUUUCCCUUCGGGCCGUUUAACCUACACAGUUACCAUUUUCAGCGGCCCUCCGAGAAAUACAACUAAGAAGAUGGAAGCUUUUACUCCAAAGAAGAGGAAGCAGCGAUUUUUGGACGGUGACAGCCUAGUAUCAGACAUUCCAUCAAAGAAAUUAAUUUUGGACAUUGCUGAAGAUCUGUUUCCAUCUCCUGGUAAAAUAUACACUUGUGAAAGCAGUGAGACAAGUGAAGAAAAUGUGCCUUGCUCUCAACAAAGCCAUUUCACUUCAAGUCCACUCAAAACUAAAAAAAAUCAAUUGUCACCUGCAGAUCGCAGCUCACCAUUUAAAUCUGCUGUGUCCACUGUAUCUUUUUACAAUAAGGAAAAGUGGUACCUCAAUCCACUGGAGAGAAAGUUGGUAAGAGAGAGUAGAUCCAUUUUUCUACAAACUAAUUACAAAGAUAAAUCAGUUCCCAUUGUGGCAGAAAAAAUGCAAGGAAAACCAGUCUGCAACAAGAAAAGGGACAAAAAAACACAGAAAAGUUUGACUACUAAGUAUCAACCGAGUUAUGAGCGCAUCAAGCCUGUACCAAAAAAUUCUAAAAAUUCCAAGCCAAAUCGAAUAGCCCAUAGGCCAGCUGUGGAGAAAGAGAAUAAUUAUUACUCAACUGAAAGUAAACUGAAUACUCCUCGAGUUUUAAGCCAAAAAAUAAAGCCACAAACUACACUCCAGGGUGGAGCAGCAUUUUUUGUUAGUCGAAAAAAACUCUCUCUUAGAAGAUUGUCUCUGGAAAAUAAGCCAUCAGUGGGUCUCCACCAAAAGAAUGACUCAGAAGUGAUUGAAGACUGUGAUGCAGAGGCUGUAUGGAAAAGAAAACCUUCUGUUAAAGAGCAAGUGCCCAAGUGCUUGUUACUAGAAGAGAAAUCGAAUAUUGAGCUGAGUCCAAGAAGUAAAAAUGAAGAGAAAUUAAAGGAUUCAUCAGGGGCAGUAGUUUCUUCAAAGGAAUAUACAUUUGAUAAAAAUAAGCAUUUGCCUUCAGAUGAUUCUCUUGGUGAGAACAAAAGAAAAUUUCUUACACGAGUUUCUCCUGAGUCCCUUGUCCAUCCUAUCUUCAGUGUGUCUUCAGGCAAUACGAAAAGUAUUUAUCAGCUUUCUGAUUCAAGAUCUCCAGCUGAAGAAGAGUCUUCUGUGGGACCUACAACAGGUAUUAACUUCUCAAAACAGACCAAUGCACCAAAAAACGUGAAUACCAGAGAUACAAAUAAAGAAACCAAAGACCAGCUCAUCAUUGAUGCAGGUCAGAAAUAUUUUGGGCCUACUAUGUGUAAGUCUUGUGGCAUGAUCUACACUGCGUCUAAUCCCGAAGAUGAGAUGCAACAUAUCCAGUAUCAUCACCGAUUUAUGGAAGGAAUCAAAUACACAGGCUGGAAAAGAGAACGCGUAGUGGCAGAGUUUUGGGAUGGAAAGAUCCUGUUGGUCCUGCCACGCGAUCCAAGUUACGCUAUCAGAAAGGUAACAGAUGUCCAAGAACUUGUUGAUUAUGAAUUGGGCUUCCAGCAACUUAUUCCCAGGUGUCCAGAGAAAACCAAAACUUUUCUCUUUGUUUCUGAUGAUAAGAAGGUAGUUGGGUGUUUAAUUGCAGAGCCCAUCAAACAGGCCUUCCGUGUACUGUCUGAGCCAAUGGGCCCAGAAUCCUCGGGCUCUAAAGAAUGUCCUAGAGCCUGGCAGUGUUCAAAUGUACCAGAACCUGCCGUGUGUGGGAUAAGUAGGAUCUGGGUUUUCAAACUGAAGAGAAGAAAGCGCAUUGCGAGACGACUGGUAGAUACUCUCAGGAAUUGCUUCAUGUUUGGCUGUUUCCUGAGCACAAAUGAAAUAGCAUUUUCUGACCCUACACCAGAUGGCAAGUUAUUUGCAACCAAGUACUGCAACACGCCUAAUUUCCUUGUAUAUAAUUUUAAUAGUUAACACCAAUUCCAACUAUAAAACAGUUACUACAUGGAUAAGUUCAGAUAAACAAAUUAAUAUCAAGAUAACAACUGCUGAAACACACAUCCCCAUAGUUAUGUUCCUUAUGAUUUGGAAAGUCAAGAAUAAGUUUGUUGAAAGGAAAAAAUCUUUGGAUAUUGAUUAGCAAUCUAAGUGUAAUUAUGGAACUUUAUAGCCAUAAUUGGAAAUUUUCUGGCUUCCUGUAUAAGAACAUUGACAAAGCAAGCUGGUUUCUACAGAAAUAUCACCACUUGUCUUGUAUAAAGCAGUAUGAUUUUAGACCAGGAUUAUCUUGCCUCCUCAGAAGCAGAGAAGAAAAUCCAAACCCAGGCAAAUAAUUUCUAUGCCCAGUUUUCAAAGAUAAUUUCUGAAUUCUCUAUACAAAGUUCUCACUUUACAUGAGUUAUCUGUAGAAGCUCAGUUCAAUAUAUUUAGAGACUGUUUUGAAUUUCUAAUUAGUAAUAAAAGAUGGUAAGGAAUGAGUAACAUAUGCCAUACCCAUUUAUGUAAAACAAAUUUCUAUACUUUAAUAUGUUAAUCUUUUUCCAGAAGCCAAUCAAUCACAUACACACCAUCUAUCAGAUUUAAUUGAAAUUAUACUUACUGUACUAUUGUCAUUUCAUUAAUUUUUACUAUAUGAAAAUAUGGGUAAUGCUGCUUAUAUUUAGGGAACUUGUUACUAGUAAUUGAGGUCAUUAACAAAACAAAUGCUUAGUGGGAUCGAAUGAUUCAUUUGGUUUCAUGUUUGAGUUUUUUUGCUUGUUAAAAAUACACCUCACUUGUUUUGAGAUGUCUGGCGAAAGUCUUUGCAAAAUGUAACUAGACCAAGGUUAAUAAAUAUAUCUAAGCUGAUGGACCAGAGAGGAUUAUGACAGCCUGUAAACACUGUACACAUAUUGCUAUGGGUAAUUUUUGGGUACUUUGAAAAGCAAAACGUAAUUCAUAUUGUUUUGCUUUUUAAGUCAUUUAAAACCAUUCUUUGGCAAUAAGACUUUAAGUAAGUUUUCCAAGUUGUCUUGCUGUCUGUUCAGAUGUAGUUUUGUUCGCCUGUAAGUUGAUGUGGUUCUAAAAGGAAUAUGGAAGUGUUAAAAUGAGUGUAAUUAUGCAAACAUUUUAAUGCUAUUUUCUGCACUGCUAUUUUAAAAAUUCUUUUAUUUAAAAAUUUUUAUUAACAUUAUUGUUUGUUCAAUGCCUUUGU